AUGCCAUGUGUCUCCCGGGCCCCGCACAUUCGCCUGGUUGUCUCCACGCUCAUCGGCCUCAUUCAAGACUACCUGUACGUGCUCUACUCCGACACGGGACCCCUCAAGUGGGGCGGCAUCUUUGCGCUGCAAAGCACCGGUUUUGGUCUUGCUGCCCAUUUCCUCAUGGCCUCCACGUUCAAGCGCCACGCCCGGCUCCGCAUCCUUGCAACCACCCUCCUGCGGUCCACGCGGCCGCCCUCCGAGUCCUUGCUCGACGCAUCGUUCGUCGUCUACAUUAUGUGGAGCCCGUGGCGCCCGUACUUCUACGUCGGCAAGACGGUCAACUUCCGCGAACGCCUCCGCAAGCACAUCGACGCUUUCCUCAACGCCUCCUGCGACUCCCAGCAGCCAUACAUGGAGGUGCUUCGCCGGCAUGCCAGGGGAGAUGCCGCCCGUGCUGCCUCGGCAUGGUUCUACCUCCCCAUCGGCUGCUUGCCCAGCGACGCCCAAGCCUUCACCCUCGAGCAGCACGUCAUCGACUCCGAGCACCCGCGGCUCAACGUGCCCUACGUCCACCGGUUUGCCUUGCCAGGCAUUGGGCCCCACCCGGAGCGGCACGCAGUCUGGCACCGCGUCCACAAGCGGCAUGAGGGCACCACCCGCGCCAUCGGGCUCAAGGCCCUCGAGUCCGUUCGCCGCUUCCGUCGCUGGCCCCCGCCGCGCCUCCACGUGCAGGGCGCUCUCCAAUGGCUGCCGCGCUCUGGCACCAAACGCGCGUUCCAGGGCAUCAUCCACCGCCUCAUCCAACAUGCCCGGGAACGUGGCCAGACCUUGCUGCUGCCGGCCAUUCGCGACCUCAAGGUCAUGCUUGCGCCAGUGGCCGUCAUUGCGCUCCGGGCCGGCUUGCGUAAUGCCCCCAGCUUCUAUCGCCGUUUUGGCGAUAGUGGGCCAUGGCCGUGCGCGCGCCACCUGCAUCCGGACCCCCCCCGCUACCCGUCCCCUGACGGCGAGUGCCACAUAUUCGCCCCGCAGGACACAUGGCCCUGGCCCGCUCACCUCUCGCACCUGCGCACCCUGCCAGCGCACGCAGCACUCGUGCCAUCCCAGGCGCGGUACACUGCCGCAUGCCGCCGCCUGCUCUGGCGCCUCGUGGCUGCGCUACGGCUCGACUGUUCGGCGGCCUUCACCGACUGCUGCGUCCACGACGUGGUAUCCAGCAUUGCCUUCGACUUCGACGCGCCGCACCUCCCGUUGGACUUCCACCCCGUACCGGAGUCGGUCAUUCGCGCUGGCCGGUCACCCACACGCGGCCUCGUCGUCGAAGAAUUUCAGAAUACCAAGCACGUGCUCGUAGCUGAGUGUCCCCGCCGAGUGCAGUUGCUCUGCGCGGCCCUGUUCGGCAUCACGGGGCAGAGCCCGCACUUCGUGUACCACCCGGGCUUGACAGCCGAAGCCGUACUCCAGCAGGUGGCCUCCGUCCCUGGCCUCGGGGCCGAUCUUCAACCCGCUCGCCUGUCUAACCCUCGCCAUUGGCGCAUGGCGUCGGCGUCGGCCCCAAACAAGAAACGAGAAAAACCAGACAGCCGACGACCGCUCGUGGACCGUUCGCGCUGGCCGACACAGGGCCUCGAGUCGCCAGCAGCACGAGCAAUCGAUUGGAUCAGCGGCGCAGGCAUCCCUGAGCACCUCCACAUCGACGCGCAGCGCACCGACUCGCUGCUGCCGUUGCUCGAGCGCUUCAGCGAACUGGCCCCCCGUGGGCCCGUGCAGAAGUACGGGACCGACCUCACCGACUGCUUCACGAACAUCCCACACUGCCUUGAACGCCGGGCUUGGGCCUUCUACCAGGAGGUCCUGGCUGCACGGGACAUUUCGGCCAUCGCCGCCCCGCGCCGGCGCGGAUCCGCACGAACCCUGCCGCUCGAGCCGCCCAGGGCUUCGCCCCUCCACGUGGUCUUCCGGCCAGCGGACCUCACCGCUGCCAUCGAGCACAGCCUCGCGAACCUCUGGCUCGCGGUGGGCACGCUCGUCGGUCGAGCCACCGACGGACUCGCAAUGGGCAGCUCUCUGGCCGGAGCCCUCACCCGUAUGGUGCUUAUCUACUGCGACGUCGUGUUCCACGCCUCCCUCUACAGUGGGCGCGGCCUCCCGCCGCCUGCUCGCUCCAGAGUCCGGUAUUACGUCGUCGAGGGCGUCCGCAUCCUCAUCCUCGAGUCCCGGUACAUGGACGACUACAUAUGCCUAUGGAAGGCCUCGGUGGACACGCCACCUGCGUCUCUCCGUCGCGUAGCGGAUCACAUUGCUUCCUGGCCGUCUUUACGCUACCCGCUCCCGAGCGAGACAGACGGCGGCGAUGCCAUCACGGGCAUGCGGCUUUCCCUCGAUUCAUGUGGGAGAGUCUCGGUACGGCCGGCGUCCCUCGAUCUCGGGUCCUACUCAGACGACUUCCAAUACCCACCGUACAUGCACUUCCGCAGUUUCGUUCCGAACGCCACCAAGAGAGCCAUCGUCCUCGGCCUCAUCGCGCGGACCGACGCCUUCACGUACCCCCUGGACGCGAAGGCGGCCGCGCUCGCCGAGCUGCUCACGCUCCUCAUCACGGCGGCGGAGUUCCCAGAGGCUGUCGUAAAGCGGUGGGCCACGCAGAGCCAG